AAAAUAUUAGCAAAGAAAAAGCAUUAACAAAAACGGGAAUAGUAAUGUUCGAAAAUCAACAUUUAUUAGCAAAUGAUUGGAAAGAAGAAAAAAAUAAAAUGGAGGGAGAAUUUGAAGAAGAAGAAGGAGAUGAACAAAAUAAUGAGAAUAAUAUUAUUAAUUAUGAUGAAGAUGGAUUUGAAGAAUUACGAGAUUUUCAGUUACUUUUAAUGCCAGCAGCAAGACAAAGUGCUGCUAGGAGAUUUAAUUCUAAUACUUCUCCUGUGAAUGCUAAUAAAAUCAAUGAACAGCAAAAGCAACAAAAGAAUAAAAAAAAUUGUGAAAACGCAGAAAAAAUAGGGUUGGCCAAUUCCUCCAUUCGUUCAAAGACGUCAGAGAAAUAUAAAUAACAAUAAUUAUAUUCUCAAUCAUCGACCUCCAGCAUUUUUAGAAACAACAAUAAAAACAUCAAAUAAAUUUCCCCUUAUAGAUGAAGAUUUAUUAAUGCUUAUAUCACGCAAUAACAACAAUAAUAAAAAUAUUAAAAACCUUAACGGA